AUGACCACCGUCUACCCCACUGCUGCUGGAGGCUCGCCGGCUUAUAUUACACACCUUGUUACCGUCUGGGAGACCUUCACUGCCACCGCCCCUGAAAGUACAAUGACCUUGACCGAGAUUGCGACAGACAAUCCUUCUACCACGACUCUAGAUUUCUUCUCUACAAUUGUCACUGAUAUCACGUCGAUUGAAUUAGACACUUUCACAGCUACCGCUACCGAAGAUCAUAAAACUACGGUGACAGAGUCCGCCACCGUCGACAUCACUGCCUGGGCAACAACUGUUUUGACUGAAGAUGUCACAACUGAUCAGACUUUGACCGCGACCAGCGAGGUCUCCACGGCGCUGACAAACAGCGAGUUCAUCACAGUGACUCUGGAUGAGACUACUGCAGUCACCGCAGAUGUCACUGCUUCCAGCACGCAGUCGACCACUCAAGACAUCACCGACAUUUUGACUGUCAAUUCCACCUCAUCCCUGACCGUGACCGUGCCUACCAUUGUCAAAACAACAGUCACUAGUACCAUCUCUGUAACCUAUACAGCAGUGGUAACUGCAGUGGUAGAUGUCACUGCCACGCAAACAACAUCAACCACCACAACUGUGACCGUGACCGCAACUGCGACCUGUGGCGUCAACCUCGUGCAGAAUCCAGAUUUUGAAGUGAAUAACGCUUUUCUCUCGCCGGCUGGACGACCUCUGGUACCGGCAGUUUAA